CAAAAGCAAAAAAAAACAGCAAAAUGGUGCCGCAUUAAGUUCGCCAAACUCACAUUUUCUCGGGAAAAAUCCUACUUUUCUUGGCAAACAAGCCUAGAUUGGUGAUGGGUAUUGACGAGGAGUGGUAGAGAAGCAGUGGGUAGGCCUUCCUUCUUCGUCUUGUGGCAUCACAAAGCUUUAUUGGAGCUCUCGCUAACUUUUUACCUCACUCUCGAGGGUACAAAACACUACAUUUCUGACAAAAGAUACCAGAUUCAACUCAAACCCACAUGGAAGAACCUUGUGGCAUAUGUGGUGAUGUUGGUGUUAUAGAUGCAAUCAGUGUGUGCUCUCAAUGCAAAACAGCUCGUGAGCAUGUUUACUGCAGGAAAAGCUUCAACGACGAUAUCCCAAAUCAGUGGCUUUGCGAAACAUGCGAAAUGGAAGGUAAGAUUUCACCAAAAUCUUUGAAGGAUGACUCAUCUAAGACAAAACCCUCGGGUACGGUGGACAAGGAAAAUAAGGGUUCAGCUGAUUGUAGCAAACUUCCCAAAUGGGAAAAGAUUGUUAAAACGGGGAAAGUGAAAUAUAUUGCUGCUGAAGAAGCAAUCUUGCUGUCUUCGGGAGCCAAGAAAUUUCACUCCCCUUCCAAGAUUAAUGUUCACUCAAGUUCUGGGCCAGCAGUAACUCUGGGACUUGUGUCCUCGAGGACUCCCAUCAAGCCCAGAGCUACACCUCCAAAGUCCCCUGUGGUUGUCAAAGCAAAUCCUAGUUUCAGGCCUUCGGGACUUUUACCUUCCAGACAUGGCAAAAUGCAGAUCAAUUCUGUGGUUCAGCAAGAAGGUCCUAAAGGUGGUAAUGAUUGUGCGAAUGUGGAGUCCAGAAAUUUUGAUGCUGAGAAUCAUGACUUGACAGAUAUUCUGCCUGAAGCUGAGAAAUGCUUUCAAGUUCCUGCUCUACAUUCUUAUUGGAAGGGAAGCUUUGAAAUUGUUACUAGUAAUAAUAAGGAACUCAAUGAUGGGUUCCGGGCUCAUCCUCCGUCAAAAGUUCGUCGCAAAAUCUACGAGUUCUCAAAAAAAUUGCCCGAAGUUCUUCAAUUUAAAAUGCUUCCCCGUGACAGUAUUUGGACAGAGAUAUUUCAGGAUGACUGUCCAAACGAGGAUGAUAUUGGAAUGUACUUCUUCUCCAACAACAGUCAGAGAUCUGCAAAUUAUAUCUUCCUCCUGGAGUUCAUGGAGACACAAGAAUUGGUGAUGAGAUGUUACAUGGAUGGUGUAGAGUUGUUUGUGUUUACAUCCAAACUUCUCUCGUCCAAAUCUCAAAGAUGGAAUGGGGAAUACUUUCUCUGGGGAGUCUUUCGUCGUGUCAAAAAGCAUAAAGAUGUAUGCAAGCUUAAUGAGGAACAUCCUUCUUCAGAUUGUGCACAAGACACCGGCAAUGCUAAUGGGGAUGACGGUGUAGUUGACAUGGACAUUGACAUGCUUGCUGGAAAAGAUGUUGGAAGAGUUGAUAUAGCAAAUUCAAGAGAAUCAUCCAGGAGGAGUUGUGGAACCUCCGGGGAAGAAAAUGCUACUAUAAUCUCCGUGCCUGGUUCAAAUACGGAGAUUCAUUCUGUUUCGAGAGAGGUGGAUUCUGCAAUUCAACAGCCCUCGCCAGAAGUUAAAAAGGAAUUGUGCAACGACAUUCCUCCAGGUUUCGAGGGGAUUUAUAAGCUGAAAGUUCAAAAUUAUGCACAUAAGGAAGCUACAGUUCCGGUGGAAAAACAGCUCAGGCUUGAUGGGAGAGUUAUCAGCCCAGCAAAGGGUAGUGCAUGUAGAUUGCAACCGAAGCCUAUUGAAGAUUCAGAUUCACCCAGACUUCAGGGGAAGCAUCGGCAGAAACAAUAUGAAGAUGACGAGUGCUUUCAACAAGCUCCUGCUCGUACCCUAGCAACAGAUUCCAUGGCUGCCUAUACCUGCCCGCUUUCUGUAAAGAGAAAUGCAUUUGACGUUGCAGAAAAAGUUGUAGGACAUGAUAAUGAAAGAUGUGUCAAAACGGAGAAGAAUGAAUUCAUGCCUACACCAAUAUCUAAAGAAGAUUGCUCUAAGAGUCCUUUAUGCUCCCAAUUCAAGGACAAGGUACCCCCCAGAAGACAAUAGCGGUUAUCUUCAACGUUUCUUUGUGAAAGUCAAAACCGAAGUUCCAAAGUAAGAAUUUGAGAAGCUCAAUUGCAACCAUGUAGAGGUUAACAGAAAGGAUUAGUCAUUUGAUGUACAGUGGAGCCCUAGUUUUGAGUCUAGUGCUAGUCUUGUUAGAUCAUACUUGUUACUUUGCUCUUAGGUAUUUUUCCUGAAUGCUGCCUUGUUCCCAUUAGUCAGUGGCUGAUGACUAUUUGUGAUGUGUUUGUGUGCAUGACAGUCCACACUAAACUGAAACAACAGUAACUUUGAGACUGAAAUCAAUCUCCAAAAUUUUUGAAA